AUGGUCAGCACACGCGCAGCCUCCCGCGCCGCCAGCACAGCUCCCGAGUCGACUCCGCCGCCGCCAGACUCAGCGUCAGCGUCAGCGUCAGCGCUGCAGCCGCCUACGACUCCAUCGACGACGCGCCGACGCGCCAGCAAGCAACCGGCCACCACCACCAAGAAACGCCCCGGACGGCCCUCCUCCAGCGGCGCCCACGUCUGGUCCCAUGCGCCGUCGACCCUGACCGUCCUGUGGCUCGCCAUCUCGCUGCCCCUCGUCAUCUGGGACACGGGCUACAUGCUCAACCGCCCGCGCACCUUUGAAGGCGGCGAUCUGCACUGGCCCAUCUGGGUGCCCUACGCCCUGUACGCCCAGAUCGACCACGUCUACAGCCGCAAGGCCUUCGACUCCAACAAUGGCUUCUCUGGCGCCCAGAGCUUCCUCAACGUCAUCGAGACCGCCAUGUACCUCGUCUACCUGUGGCUCUUCUGGUCGCGCGCCGAGGCCGCCACUGCCGGGGCCCGUCGCACGCUCGGCGGUCGGCGCGGAGCCCUCGCCGUGCUCGUCGGCUUCAGCGCCGCCGUCAUGACGCUGAGCAAGACGGUGCUUUACUUUAUGCACGAGUACUACGCUGGUUUCGAUAACGUAGGCCACAACUCAGCCUUCGACCUCACCACCCUUUGGAUAAUGCCCAAGUAA